AUGCAAAAAUCUUCUUAUGGAACCAUUAAACAAAAUAAUCUAUUAUUAACAGCAGCAGAAAGAGAUCUAUUACAAGCUGAUAGACCAGGUUAUGGCACACGUUCAAAGAUAGAAAGUGCUUUUAAUUUGGUGAAUUCCACGGUAGGAGCUGGUAUUAUUGGUUUACCCUUUGCAAUUUAUCUAGCCGGUUUUUGGACAGCUAUUUUAUUAUCUGUUAUAGUUGCGAUUAUUUCACAAUUGGGCCUUCAUAUGCUUGUUGUAUCCGGAAAACGGGUAAGAGCUUACAAGUUUGCAGUUUUGAUGGAGUAUGUCUUUGGACGACCAGGCUAUUAUUUUUUGAAUUUCUUGAUCCUUGUUCAAGCCUCAGGUGCUUGUGUUAGCUAUUUUAUAUUAAUUGGAGAUACAAUUCCUGUAUUGUUACAAUUUUAUUUCCCUCAAUACAAAAGUAUGACAGAAAGGUCAUUUGUCAUAUCAUUCAUUGCAAUCUUUUUGUAUGUUUUCCCGCUAAAUUUGUCAAGGUCUAUUGGCUCAGUUGCAAGAUGGUCGAUAUUAUCAGUUCUAUGUUUACCACUUAUUUUAAUUACAUUACUUAUUCGAGCACCUGCUUAUGCAAAAUCACAUGAAGCACCAUUAGAUUGGAAGGGUCCUGAUAUCUUUGGCGCUCUCGGGAUUCUAGCAUUUGCAUUUGCAUGUUCUCAUGUCUGUUUUAGUGUAUUCUUGAGUUUAAAAGAUCAAACAAUUAAAUCAUGGACUAUAACCACGACUCUUGCUUCUAUCAUGAGUUGGUUUUCAUCUAUUUCCUUUGCUAUUAUCGGAUACCUUAGUUUCGGUAAAGAUGUACAACCUAAUCUCUUUUUGAACUUUCCUGAUGAUGACUUCAUUGUCAAUAUCGGUCGAUUCCUUCUUGGUUUUAGUAUGAUUUUAACUAUUCCGUAA